AUGGCCGCGAAUCCCAAUCACCGCCAGAUAGCUGGACCUGAUGGUGACUCGGGAUCCCAGAACUCGAACCAUAUUGGGAGGCCGACAUAUAUCACCUCUGGACAAUUUCAAGGCCAGACGAUUCGUGUUGAACUGGAGGAGCUGCAGAAGGCGGAGCGGGGCAGAAAGUAUGCAAGAGUCGAUCGGCGUCCACUCGAUCCACCCCCUGCCGUCCUGCUCCGUGUGUUCGAAGUAAAUCGCACAGAUUCCGGAAGACAAUGGGAGAGGGAAAUCAAGCCCGAGAGCAUAAGAAACAUUGGAAUCAUGUGCACUGUCGAUUUGUUUCCCGUUCCUGAAUCUUUGCUUUCCUCUGACAGCUCAUCUUCGACUUCACAAUAUUACCCGCGUGCUUCUAUGUCCACUGGCGCGGACCCUCGAUCGGCCGCACCGCUUACUUACUUCCCCUUACAUCCGUACACAACUCAGGAUGUCCACGCAGAAGAAGCGGCAAUGGCUUCGUUUCACAUUCCUCGAAGACAACCCCUGGUCCGACAUUUGAACCCCAAUGAAGUACCGAAGGAUGUCGUGUUUCGGCUAGGAAAUCACCUCGUCACGGAGUCGUCAAAGUUGACUCCGGCACUUGUCGGGGAAAAGUUCGUUGAACCUACCCUGGUCGAACACAAAGGGAAGAAAGCUCUGGUGUUUGUUUUUGGGGAUCUUGCCAUACAGCGCGAGGGCUCCUUCAUAUUGCGCUAUCGUGCACUGGAUAUCUUCACUUUGAGCUCGGGGAGCAACCACCCUCCGAUCCUGGCAGAGCUGUAUGGGGGCUCUUUCAAGGUCUACUCGACCAGGGAAUUCCCGGGCUUGGAACCUUCGACUGAGCUCACGAGGAAUUUUUCAAACCACGGAGUCCGCGUCACGUUACGAGAUGCAGAACGCAAGUCGAAGAAAAGGCCUAAUAGAGGCCCACCGAUGUGA